AUGGAUCUGCUGCAAAAGAGCAAAUACAACCACUUGCGCAAUGACUCCCUUUCCUCCUUGGAGGAGGGCUCUGUGGCGGCCGAUGGGGACUCUCCCCUGGAGCCCCUGGUGGCGGCCCCCUCCCUGCCCAGCUCGCUGUCCUCCUCCUCGCUGAGCCCCAUGCUCCCCCUGGGUGAGCUGUCGUCCGAGUCGGAGGACAGCCCCACCACCCUGUGCUCCUUCUUCCCCAAGAUGGCCAACCUGAAGCUCGCCAACCCGGCCACUCUGCUCAGCCUCCGUGCCUUCUCCAAGGAGGCGGGCAGCUCCGGGGAGCAUCCGCCGCCAGCGGCACCACCACCACCUCCUCCCCCCCUCGCUGCCGCGACUCCCUUCCCGGACUCAGCGGGGACUGUCGGUCUCUAUUCCCAGGAUAUGAACAAGUUGGGCUGCCCCAAGAGGAUGCGGGUGGAAGGCGGCCAGCUCGGGGGAGACGAGUGGACUCGGCACGGCAGCUUCGUCAACAAGCCCAGCCGGGGCUGGCUGCACCCUGACGACAAGGUGAUGGGCCCCGGAGUCUCCUACCUCGUCCGGUACAUGGGCUGCGUGGAAGUGCUCCAAUCCAUGCGGGCUCUCGACUUCAACACGAGGACCCAAGUCACAAGGGAGGCUAUCGGCCUAGUCUGUGAAGCUGUGCCUGGUGCCAAGGGAGCCGUUCGCAGGAGAAAGCCCUGCGGCCGCUCGCUCAACUCCAUCCUCGGCAAGAGCAACCUGAAGUUUGCCGGCAUGCCAAUCACGCUCACCAUCUCCACCAGCAGCCUCAACCUCAUGGCGUCUGACUGUAAACAGAUUAUCGCCAACCAUCAUAUGCAAUCCAUUUCUUUUGCAUCCGGAGGGGAUCCGGACACGGCCGAGUAUGUUGCCUACGUUGCCAAAGACCCUGUCAAUCACAGAGCCUGCCACAUCCUGGAGUGCCCCGAGGGGCUGGCACAGGACGUGAUCAGCACCAUUGGGCAGGCGUUCGAACUGCGCUUCAAACAGUACCUCAAGAACCCUCCCAAGCUUGUCACCCCUCAUGACAGGAUGGCUGGAUUCGACGGCUCCGCUUGGGACGAAGAGGAGGAACCGCUGCCAGACCACCAGUACUACAACGACUUCCCGGGGAAGGAGCCCCCCCUGGGAGGCGUGGUAGAUAUGCGCUUGAGAGAAGGAGCUUCGGCGGCUCUGAUGCCCAACCACUUAGGAGCCACCCUGCCUGUCUCCCAGAUGUCUGCCGGGGACUACGAAUCCAAGAAACCGCACCUCGCAGCACAGGGAAGGGAGAGGGGCCCAUCCGGGCGCACGGAUCUCUUUGACGACCCCUCCUACGUUAAUGUGCAAAACCUGGAGAAGGCUCGGCAGGGGGCUCCGGGGGCCACCGCCAACGGCAAUGCCCAGCGUGAUCUCUUUGACAUGAAGCCGUUUGAGGAUGCCUUGCGGGGGCCGCCACCUGCAUCACCAGCCCAGCUGGUGGCCUCCAUGGAGGAGCAGCUCCGACGGGAGCCCUGGUACCAUGGCCGGAUGAGUCGCAAAGACGCCGAGAAGCUGCUGCAGGCCAACGGGGACUUCCUGGUGCGCGAGAGCACCACCACGCCGGGGCAGUAUGUGCUGACCGGGCUGCAGGGGGGGCAGCCCAAGCACCUGCUCCUCGUGGACCCCGAAGGAGUGGUCCGGACGAAGGAUCACCGCUUCGAGAGCGUCAGCCACCUCAUUAGCUACCACAUGGACAAUCGGCUGCCAAUCAUUUCGGCGGGCAGCGAGCUCUGCCUGCAGCAACCAGUGGAGCGGAGAUCGUGAGCAGCGAAGGGGCCAGGGUGUCAUCCUAAUCCCCACCCCCCCAAAUCCUUCAGUGGAAAAAAAUUUGCCGCCUUGCCCCUUCCAGCAGCUUCACCUCAGCUUCUCCUGCCUUUUACGGGUGUUCUGUUCCUCACACAUGUGUUGCCUGUACACCAGGCAUUAAUGGCUCCCUCCACCACAGGCCAGAGCGGUACCAUCUCUGCCAAAGCGCCUCCCUUUUAAUGCGAGCUGGACACCCUCCUCACUCUACAAAUCCCUCUUUGGUAGAAGAUGCUCUCUGAUUAUCAACGAACUUUCCUUAUCGUCACCCACGUUUCAUUUCUCACAAGGAGGCCCUGGGACAGCACCGCUUCACCUUUGCAAAGCCUGCGCAGGGCGCUAGUCCUCAGCGAGGGCGCGAGGGUCUCGGUUUCUCGUGGCCCUUACUGGAUCCCGUGCCUGCACAGCUUCACUUGGGGCAGAAGAGCCCCAAACUUUGCCUGCCUAUUUACCCCCACCCCCAGUUCAGGUAACCUCACCCUUCUUCUCUUGACUUUUUAAAGCGGCUGGGCGUUCCCAUCUCUAUUUGUAGCAGCGCCUGAUUGAAUCUUUGCCCAAUGGAUUCAGCUAAUGCCAAAGUUGCUGAUCGUAUUUUGUUCUUUUGUGGGGGAGAGGGGGGAGGGAGGGAAACAAUAGCCUCUCACCCCCCUUUUUUGUAAAGCACAAAAAAGAGAGCGCAAUUCUCCCCCUGGACCCAGAUGUGUAACACACACACACACACCCAAAUCACUAACUUUACAUAUUAAUUAACUCUGUGUGCCUUGACCCUUUUACAGGUCUGAGAUUUUAUGCAAAAUCCCUCUCGCUGUGGUGGCCUGCUUUGGAGGGUGGUGGGGUAGGGGCGGGAGAGAAGAAGGCUGUUGUUCUCUUCCCCUCCCCACUCCCCCCCCCCCAAGUCUCUAGGACCUGCACAGCCCUGGCAGGCACUCCUACAACCCUGUUGGCAAAAGGUUGAGGUGCCCUGCGGGGAAGGUGGGGGAGGGGGCGGGAUUACUCUGGGCUACGCCCUACACUACAGCCCCUCUCCUCGCCUGCAUUGCAGGGGGUUGGACUAGAUGGCUCUCAGGGGUCCCUCCCACCUCCGUGAUUCUAUGAAAGCACAGCCUUAGCAGCGCUGGGACCCCUCAGGAUUUGUGGGACACUCGUCCUUGAACUUGAGGACCUUCUGCAAGGAGACAAUAUUGGGGUGGGGAGCACAAAGCUUUCCAGAGCACCCAAAGAACCCAGGGAGAGAGGAGGUGGGGUAGAAGAAAGCCACAUCUCCUUGCAGUGCUCAGGCUGCAGCCACACCUCCCUCCCCUCCCCAGGUCUGUAAAUAAGUUUGAUAACUUUAGUGUUGCAUGUACAUUGUUAUACUCCAGAAGCCAAAGUGUAGCCCCCCCCUCCCUCACACACCCCACCCCCACGAUCACUGUGCCUGUCCCCCCCCCAACCUGGGGGACUUCAUUUCCACCUCACGUGUGUCCCCCCCCCUUCCCAAUUCCCCCAUCCUAUACACACACUUUUUAUCGGUUUGAUUUUAUCUUGAUUAUACCAAAGGAACCCAAUGAUUAUUAUUAUUAUUAUAAUUAUUAUUAUUAAAAGUUGGUAUUUCUUUAA